CCUUUUUAGCUUGGUCGCAGCAUGAAGUAAAUAACCAUGUGCAUUCCUUUACUCUAUAUUUAACAGCUGCAGUCUGUGCAGGAGCAAACUGCAUGGGGAGGAAAUUGUGGUCGCUCACAGAAACAGCCAUCUCGGGAGAGAAAGCUGCCUAAGGAGGGAAAGGCGCUGGGGAUUUGUCUCGGCACGAGUGCACCAUGCCAGCCUCUCAAAGCCGGGCCAGGGCCAGGGAGCGAAAUAACAUUCUGAAUCGAGCCGAGUUCCUCUCCUUGAAUCAGCCCCUGAAAGGGGCCCAGGAGCCCCGAGGUGGCGGUAGGAAGGCCUCGGGGCCUUCGAUCCCCCCUCCCCCGACCAACGAGGGCUCCAAGGAACGAAGACAGUCCCAGCAGCUGCCGGAGGAGGACUGCAUGCAGCUCAAUCCAUCCUUCAAGGGGAUCGCGUUCAACUCGCUGCUGGCCAUUGACAUCUGCAUGUCCAAGAGGCUGGGCGUCUGCGCCCACCGGGCAGCCUCCUGGGCCAGCGCCCGCUCCAUGAUCAAACUCGUCGGGAUCACGGGCCACGGGAUCCCUUGGAUCGGGGGCACCAUCAUCUGCUUGGUCAAGAGCAGCACCCUGGCUGGACAGGAGGUCCUUAUGAACCUACUGCUGGCCUUGCUCCUAGACAUCCUGACUGUGGCCGGGGUCCAGAAGCUCAUCAAGAGGCGAGGUCCCUACGACAUGAGCCCGGGCCUCUUGGAUCACCUCACCAUGGACGUCUACGCCUUCCCCGCCGGACACGCCAGCCGGGCCGCCAUGGUGUCCAAGUUCUUCCUCAGUCACUUGGUGCUGGCUGUCCCGCUCAGGAUCCUCCUGGUCCUGUGGGCCUUCUGCGUGGGGCUGUCCCGGGUGAUGAUUGGGCGCCACCACAUCACCGACGUCAUCUCCGGCUUCAUCAUCGGCUACUUCCAGUUCAAGCUGGUGGAGCUGGUCUGGCUGUCCUCCAACACCUGCCAGAUGUUGAUAUCCAUCUGGUGAAAGCUGGCGUGACUUGACCUUGAAAGAGAGGGAGAGAAGAAGAGGAAAAAGAGAAACUUUCCAAAGGAAGGAGAGUUUGAUGCGGCCCCCUCUUGAGUCUCUUUUGAUAAAUGCAUAAAAUGCCCCUACCUUUGAUUGGAGACCAGAGACUUCAGGCUCUAAUGUCUGAGGUUAAUGGAGUUAAAAAAAAAAAAAUAUUGUUUUUCUGGCUGCAGGCAUAGGGUUGGUUCAACUUGUUCCAGUCUCCGUCUCUGACCUGGGUGGAUUUCAAUCAUUUAGCUUGUCUCCCCUUUCCAUUAAGAUAGGCCGUAGUAAGGUCCAAGACUGGAAUGAUCCCGUUCUAGAGAGAAUAAGGAGAGACACAACUGUGGGGAGGGAGGAGUGGAGGGGAGGAAGGAAUGUGAUUUAUUUUUCCCGUAGUUUGGUGGAUUUCAGACCCAGGCGUGUUGCUGGUGUUCGGAGAGCAGCCCCGGUGCCCACUGUCUGACAUGUAUUAUCCUCGUCGUUAGAAAUUGACUGAUGCCCCUACUCUGAGCUUAAGACCUCCUAACUGGGAAAGCAAAAUGCUUUUUCUCUAGCCGGCUCUCCCAUAAGCCUCACGGGAGAAUGACGGAACCCCGGCCCAUGCAGCAUGCAGAGAAUUAGAUCAGCCAAAGUGGAAGAUCAUAUCUCACUCAUCAGGUGCAGGCCAGCUUUGGCCCCCAAGGCUUGACUCCCUGGGACCUAAUGGAGCUUUGCCUAAAUCUGACCUCUCUGCAGCUGUAUUUUCUGUGGAAAAGAGCCGAGGGCUGCUGUAGCAAGACCAAGGAAUGAUUUGUCAGCUGGGGCCCCCUUCGCCAUCUCCCACAUCCAAUGACAGGGGUUGAUGUCCCUUUGGGUGCAUCGCGGCUCUGCCUCUCCUCCUCAGAACAAUCAAUCGUAUUUUGAGCGCUUGCUGUGUGCAGAGCACUGUACUAAGCUCUU